AUGUUUUUACCUUUGUUUUCUGCCUGCUUGCUUGCCCUCCCUCUUUUGGCAAGCGGCAGUAUUGACAUAUCCGCAUUCAUUGAUGACUUCUUGGAACAGUGGAAGAUUGAUAAUCCUGAUCUUGAGUCCGAUCAACUCGCCCAGGUCAUUGACACAGCCAAUACCGUGAAGGAGGCUGUGCUGAAUCCUACGCAAAACAAGAAACGGACGUCAAAGCACCAGUCGCGUGCCCCUUACAAGCCGUCCCAUCCCCACUUCCGUCGUCAACUCGCCAAUUCCACCGCCAUCAGCAAUUCAACACUCGAAGAGGCCAGGGCUCUGGUUCUCGAGGCCCAAAAGGAGGCCAACAUUCGGAACCGAGAGCGAUUUCAGAACCCCCGACUCAACAACUACUAUGACUCCUUCUCUACCGAGGCAGCCAGAGUGAGGCGUAGAGCCGAUGCAGAGGCUUUCGCAGUCAAUUCGACUGUGGCCGCUGCCGCCGCCAUGGUCGCUGAAGCGGAUGCCGCAACUAUGAAGCCCGUGGAGUACAAAUCCAUACCGGCAUACAUGCUUGAACUCAGUCCAUCACAUGGUACCGAAUCAAGUGAAAGCACUGGCUUGUCCAAGCGUGCUGAUAGCUUUUGGAUGGAGGACAUUGACCACGUAGGCAAGGUGCCAUUUGGAGGGUCAGAAAAUGAUGACUACGUGGUCUUUCGCAAUGUCAAGGAGUACGGCGCUGUUGGCGACGGUUUGACAGACGAUACAGAGGCCAUUAAUAAUGCCAUGAAAGAAGGUAAUCGAUGUGGAGAGAAUUGUGGCGGAUCUACCGUCAAGCCGGUCAUUCUUUACUUCCCCUCAGGAACAUACCUUGUCAGCUCUCCCAUUAUUGCAUACUACAACACGCAGAUGAUUGGCAAUGCAAAUUCACUGCCCAUUAUCAAAGCGGCCAAGUCCUUUGUUGGUCUCGGUGUUGUCUCAUCAGAUGUUUAUACCGGCAAAAAUGAUGGCAAGGACCAGUGGUACAUUAACCAAAACAAUUUCCUGAGACAGUUGCGUAACUUUGUAAUUGAUGUCACCGAAGCCGAUCUGACCGACUGUGCGGGAGUUCACUGGCAAGUUGCACAAGCCACCAGCAUCCAAAACGUCAAAUUUUACCAGUCGGAUUCCGCCGAUAAGGAACAUGUUGGUGUCUUCGCUGAGAAUGGCAGUGGUGGUUUUAUGUCGGAUCUGCAAUUUUUCGACGGCGCUGUUGGUAUUCAGUGUGGCAAUCAGCAAUUUACGACGCGAAACAUGGCCUUUGUCGGAUGCCGUACCGCCAUUGACUUGCUAUGGGAUUGGGGUUGGACUUGGAAGUCUCUCCUCAUCAGCGCCACAGAGUACGCCGUCAAGAUGAGCGGUGAUUACCGGGGUGGCUCAAUAAUGUUUGUCGAUUCAACAAUCAUUAACACCCCCACGGGAAUCUACGUUACGACGCCCAAGGGUGGCACUGCGUCAGAGCAGUUCUCCAUAACCCUUGACAACAUUGAAUAUUCCUCUGUUGGUACCAUGGUAAACCACGAGACUGCCGGAGUAUCUUUGGCAGGCGGCAGUGGAAGCAUCGAGUCUUGGAUUCUUGGCAAGGUCUAUGAUCAAAACACCCCCAAUGGCAAGUAUCAAAGCGGAGGCUCGCUUUCUGCUUUGCAUCCACAAACAGAAGAAUUGAGAGGUUCUACCGGAUUUUUCGAGAGAGAAAAGCCUCAAUACGCCGAUCUUGACGCGAACACAUUCAUGUCUGCCGCUAUCACUAACUCUGGACGUUUGAAUCUAGGCGAUGGCGUUACCGAUGAUACCUUUGCUCUUGCGAUCUUGUUCCUCCUCGCAACAAGGCUCGGGCGACCCGUGUAUAUUCCAUUCGGGUCUUAUAUCGUGACGCAAACAGUCAAGAUACCGACUGGGGCCAGGGUUGUCGGUGAAUGCUGGGCACAGAUCGUGGCCAGGGGUGCCUUCUUCUCAGAUAUUGAUAACCCACAGGUCAUGAUCCAGGUCGGCGAAUGGGGCGAUGCAGGUGUGAUUGAAAUCCAAGACUUGAUGCUCACCACCCAAGGGCCGACAGCUGGUCUUGUUCUCAUGGAAUGGAAUGUUGCUCAGAGCAAACAGGGUUCCGCCGCCAUGUGGGAUACUCACUUUCGAAUUGGUGGCGCCAAGGGCUCCCAACUGCAGGUUGCCAAUUGCCCCAAGCUGACGGGAUCCGUCAACCCGAACUGCAUUGCUGGCGCCAUGAUGCUCCAUAUGACUCAAGUGUCAUCUGGAUAUCUCGAAAAUAUCUGGGCUUGGGUUGCAGAUCACGACUUCGACAGUGGACCUGAUCAGACUCAGAUCGAUAUUUACGUCGCACGUGGAAUGCUCAUUGAGAGUACCGGUGGGCCUACAUGGAUGUAUGCCACUGCUAGUGAACACUGCAUUCUAUACCAGUAUCAAUUAUAUGGAGCUGAAAACGUUUACAUGGGCAUGAUUCAAACAGAAAGCCCUUAUUUUCUGCCUCAACCUCAGGCUCCAGCGCCUUUCAAGAAUCAGCUUGCGAACUCACCGUUUCCAGGUGACCCGGACUUCAGUGAAUGUACUUCCGACAACCCUCAUUGCGCAGCAGCAUGGGGGAUUAGGAUCAUCGGGUCCACCAACGUGCAAAUUCUCGGGGCUGGCCUCUACAACUGGUUCCAAGAAUAUACCCAGCCUUGCGUCGAUUCUCAGGACUGUCAACAACGAGUCGCCAAUGUUAUCGGCAGCGGAAACGUUUGGAUUUACAAUCUAUACACGAUUGGAACGGUGGAAAUGAUCAAUCUCAAGGAUGCUAACCCAAUCCUUUCCAAGGACAAUACCAACACGAAUGAACACCCGUUCACUUCCAUAAUCAAUGCGUGGUUGGUUGCAUCGAGUGGCGAGGGAGAUUUGUCUGUUUACGAUGGCACGAGUGACGACGAUGACUAUGAGGAAGUCGUGACUGACCCGAACAGAAGCCCCUGCAGUGCUCAUUACACAAGUUUGGACCAGAUUGAAGAAAACGCCAAUCGCAUCCCGGAUUACUGCUACGACAACUACCUGGUCGACGUUGAGCUCAGCGUUUUGAACCAAGCACUGGCAGACUAUGACGACAUCGUUGCGGGUGAUUAUGAUUCGAAAUUCGAUACCUAUGAGCGCGUCACGAGGCAACAAGUGCCGGCCUCAAUCGAUGCUUACAUGGCCGGUGCUCAGGCCUCGGGCAACUUCCGCUGCACAAAAAAUGUGGCCGUCUUCUGCUGUUCCGACUGCACAGGGCCUUAUGGCGGAUGCUCCUCGUGCGACAAUUCGGCAAGUUGUGUUGAUGGCCAGAAGACGGUUGACGUCGACUGCCCUACAGUGAUCAAUGACCCAUACGACAUUUAUUCCCCAUCACCAGGGACGAUUACUUACAUUUUCACCAACGAAGACAAGUUCUAUUCCGAGAUUCUUGACAACUAUGGCGUCCAGAGGGACUGGAUCAAGCCUGGGGAUCGCCUCGCCAAACUAGCCAACGGCUGUCAAUACCAGGCAGACCCGAUCGAAUGCGGCAAGACGGCUAAUACAUGGUGGCACGGCUACCCUAUCGUCGACGAAAUCACUAUUCCCGAUCCAAAAGAAGUCAUUAGCAAGUCCUACGACCGCUCUCGCGCGCUCGCCAUUGGCAUAGCCGACAGCCAUCGGUUUGCAAAAUACGGCAUUGACUUGGCCGGCCAGUCAGACCUGACCGACUCGGUGUCGCUGCCCGCAUUGAUGAUGUCAUCAGCGGUCAGCAACAUGCGAGACGUCGUCAAGGUGGCCGACGACGCGGCUGAGCAGGAACGAAAGGAAAUUAUUGCCAACUUCAUUACAGGUAUCUUCAUGUUGAUUCCAAUGGCUGGCGAGUUGGCGGGGGCAUUGGGCGGUGCCACGAUGAAGGCCAUUAUCGGCAUGGCUGGAGAGCUCGCUAACGUUGGAUUGACAAUCUACGAGAUUAUCGAUAGUCCCGGAAGCGCUCUUACAACCAUCUUGGGAUUUGCCAUGGGAGGUGGCUCUAUCAAGCCUUUUAGAGACGCCGCAAAGGCGAGACGUGGCAUGGUUCAGUCAGAGAAAGACAAGCUGAACCCAAGGACAAAAGUGGAUCUUGAUAGAAUCGAUGCAGCACGAUCUGCAUGCUUGCGGAAGUAG